AUGACAUCCCCAUCCCCAUUCUCCCUCCCCGCCGUCCUCAACCCACCCAUGACCGGGCGCGAAGCCGUGGUCGACGCGCUAUACCGGUGCGUCAUGGCCUUCGACACCAACGACACGGCCCUGUUCGACUCGAGCUUCAUGCCCGAUGGCGUGUUUGAGGUCAACGGGCGUGCCCUGGAAGGACUAGCCGAGAUCCACGCCACCGGGCUCGCCCUCAUCUUCCAGCUCGACACGACGCACCUGGUGAGCAAUGUGCGUGUUCACAUGAGAACGGGCACUGGUACUCCUAAAGCCGGGCCUGUGGAGAAGGAGGUGGAGGAGAAGGAGGCUAGUCUGACGGCUACCGUACUCUCGCAGCACUUCGCCGGGGGUAAGGGCAUGGAGCCCGGUCAGAAGAACCUGAUGUCCGGUAGCCUGUACCGCGCAGAGCUGACCCAGGACACGGACCGGUUGUGGAAGUUCAGCCACAUGCAGAUCAAGUCGACCUGGGUGCAAGGUGAUUAUAGCGUGGUCGGGGGUAAUUUCGCCGACAUGGGCCAGUGA